AAAAACAAGAACAAGAACGCGGGGUCCGGACGUCGUGUGGCUGAUGACCGCGUUUGUUGCCAAAACGUACCUAGUUUUGUGUGCCCUCUUGAACUUGUCUUGAGUGCGUUUUACGCGACUGUAUGAAACAUGGAGACUAUUUUGGAGCAGCAACGUCGCUAUCAUGAAGAAAAGGAGAGGCUAAUGGAUGCUAAAACUAAAGAAGUAUUACACAAGAAAUCGACGUUGCGGGAACAGAUCAAUUCUGAUCACAGGACAAGAUCUAUGUUGGAUAGAUAUAUGGAAGUGAGUGCCAAUCUCAGAGACUCCUAUGAAGACAAAGAUGGAAUGAGGAGGGAUGAGCUUGCUGCGAUCUCAGGGCCCAAUGAAUUUACAGAGUUCUACAACAGACUUAAACAGAUAAAGGAGUUUCACAGAAAGCACCCAAAUGAAAUUUCCAUUCCAAUGGCUUCCGAGUUUGAAGAGCUGAUGAAAGCCAGAGACAACCCUAGUGACGAAGCUCAGAAUCUCGUGGAAUUCACGGAUGAGGAAGGAUAUGGCCGCUACCUCGACCUCCAUGACUGCUACCUGAAGUACAUAAACCUGAAGGCAGCUGAGAAAACUGAGUACAUCACUUACCUGUCAUCAUUCGACCAGCUGUUUGACAUUCCCAAAGACAGAAAGAAUGCAGAAUACAAAAAGUAUUUGGAGAUGCUGCUCGAGUACCUGCAGAACUACACAGACCGGGUCAAACCUCUACUUGACCAGAAUGACCUCUAUGAUAAAGUACUGUCAGAUUUUGAGAAAAAGUGGGAAAGCGGCGCAUUUCCAGGCUGGCCUAAAGAGACAAGUAGUGCAUUAACACAUGCUGGAGCUCACCUGGACCUUUCAGCCUUUUCAUCUUGGGAGGAGUUGGCUUCCUUAGGUCUGGACAGAUUAAAGUCGGCUCUUCUGGCAUUGGGACUUAAAUGUGGAGGGACUCUUGAAGAGAGAGCUCAGAGACUCUUCAGCACCAAAGGCAAAUCUUUGGAAUUGCUGGAUCCUUCUCUGUUUGCCAAAAAUCCCAAAGCUAAAGGUCCUAAGAAAGACACAGAGCGAAACAAGGAAAUUGCCUUUCUGGAAGCUCAACUCUACGAGUAUGUUGAAAUCGUUGGUGAGCAGAGACAGCUUACGCAUGAGAAUGUGCAGCGAAAGCAAGCCAGAACUGGGGAGGAACGUGAGGAAGAGGAGGAGGAGCAGCUGAGUGAGAGUGAAAGCGAAGAUGAAGACAAUGAGAUAAUCUACAACCCUAAGAAUUUGCCGCUGGGCUGGGAUGGCAAGCCAAUUCCAUACUGGCUCUAUAAACUCCAUGGCCUGAAUAUCAACUACAACUGUGAAAUCUGUGGAAACUACACCUACCGAGGACCCAAAGCCUUUCAGCGACACUUUGCGGAAUGGAGGCAUGCCCAUGGUAUGCGCUGUCUUGGAAUCCCCAACACUGCCCACUUUGCCAAUGUGACACAGAUUGAGGAUGCUGUCUCUUUGUGGGCAAAACUGAAGUCCCAAAAGGCCUUAGAACGUUGGCAACCUGACACAGAGGAAGAGUAUGAGGACUCGAGUGGAAAUGUAGUCAAUAAAAAAACUUACGAGGAUCUCAAGAGACAAGGGUUACUGUAGGUAUCAAGGCUAUUUUACCAAGGUAUUAGUCAAUUGUUGUUGUUUUUUUUUGUAUCCUUUUGGAUAUGGACCCACUCUCCGUUCCCCAUCUUUAUUUUGUAAUUUAGUAAUUUUUGAUCCUCAAAAUAAAGAUCAUGUUUUGGCCACUCUAAAAA